AUGCGUGGUGGGGAGCUUGGGACCAACCCAAAGAAAUACCUUCCGGAUCCACCAGGAGUACACAGAUACCGUCUUUCAGACCUCAAGGCCCCAAAAAUGGCACCGUUAGUUGCCAUGGAUAAUUUUCCGUCUCAUAUGGAACAUGCGCUAUGUCUAUUCACAGGACGCACCUCCAAGGAACUCAAUUCAAAAUUUUCUGGCUCGCCAGCAAUUUCCGUCGACGGGAUUUGCAUAUAUCUCCGUAUUCUUUGCGAAAUCCCGAAUAGCCCGGAAAUGUUUGCAAUGAUUCAAAUCUGCCCAGGGCAGAUUUUGCACCAAGGCAAGAGGUUCACUCAGUUAACCGACAGGCCAGAACGAUCAAUACCUCUCCACAGUAAAGAAAAGUUCGAGAAGGAUCAGGCCCUGUUAAUAUGCGCAUUGCAAGGUUUCUUAACCUCGGUGAAACUAGCCGUGAGAGAGACUGUUAACCAGUUAUUCCUUCAUUACGACCUUUUCUUAGGAGAUGGAGACGCAGCCGGAAUGUACCUGCAGCCGUAUAUGGUGUCCGAAAAGAUGCUCACUAGCUACCGGCGGCUAUCGUGUAGCCAUUCCGGUACUUUGGUCACAGGUUGGGGUGAUGGGUCUGACUGGGAUGGUAGCAAAGUCCCAGAGCUGCAGCACAAGUUUGACAAGGAGAACCAUUACGAAAGUUGGAGCAUGCAAUCUAGCGACUUGGGAAGGUGUGUUGUUGCUGGACUUUAUGGUGGCUAUGGUACGAACUGUGUUCUUGUUGUGCGAGACACAGAAUGUUUGCCGUGCUGUAGGAAAGUAUGGAGCCAAACGCGUGAAGUUUUCAAGGCAGAAACUAUAAUCAUUGUUGAUAAGCCCGACCCCAAUCGCCCUGUGCGAAAACAUGUGUAG